UUUGAACUCAACGCGUAAUCUCCCUUAUAAAAAUGCUCAUCGUCAAGAACCAGAUCGUAAACAGUUAAUAUACAAUCAUUUUUUCCCGGUGAAACCUUAGAGAUUUCGAAGAUGUAUGUAACAAGGCCACUUUCUAUGUACAAGCAGUCUCCUUCACUACUCUCAUCGCCGCCGCCGGAGGGUCCGAACUCCGGCGUACUGGUAAUUCUCGACGAAGAAGCUGAGCCGACGUGCUGUUUCGGAACGUGCAAAAGCAGCUACCUAGAUGACUUGCCUUUCCCUCAAAACAAGGACAUGGAGCUCGUCUUCUCGGCCGGUCAGACCGUUCUUAUUGAUCAGGUGGCGUUCAUUCCGGUUCUCGGUCAGCCAUUGUCCUCCAACCGGUACUAUGCGUUACAGCCUCGUGGUAGCCAUAAAGGUGAAGCGUUCACAAAUUCAUCCGAGGAAGAUGCCUUCACUUGCUGUUUCUGCCGGUGCUUUCCCGACAGAAAACGACAGCCGGCCGACCACCACGACAUAUACCAACAAUUCGAGAUCAGCAAAAACAAGAGUUGGAGCGUCGGCUUCGUUGCCAAAUCAGUAGCACCGGAUGGUGUCCCUCCUGGAUUCUUAAAAAGAAAAGGUUGGACAGCAAGGUUCACAACUCCACGUAGUUUCAACUUAGGUGAAGCGCCGGGGCUCGACGAAGCCCUCCGAUCCCGGCUACCGCCAUUCGAUUUCCCGUUGUCUUGCAAAACCUCCCAACCGGUUGUCGUCGGAAAAUGGUACUGUCUCUUCAUGUUCAUCAAUGAUGGAACCCCAAAAGACCAGAUGGCCAAAUCGAUGUACUACGAGAUGACACUCGAGCAGCGAUGGGAGCAAGUUUUUACAUGCGAUAAUGACCGUAACGGUGACAAUACUGUUGUCGUCGACGUGAGAGUCGAAAGGGAAGUGGUUAGGGUUGGCGGGAUGUCGAGGGAGAUUACACUAGACAGUCGAGAAACAGUUAACGGGACGAUGUGGUUCGGGGGUUCGACGGCUGGUGUCGGGCUGAGUUUGGCCGUCGUUGAGAAAAUGAAGUCGGACGAAGAAAGGUUCGGGUGGAAUGGUGGGGAUGAAAGGGUGAAAAGGGUUGAGAAAAUGGAGAGAAAUGGUGUGUGGUAUAAAUUUGGGGGUUAUGUGUUGGUGGAGAGGUAUGUGUUGAGGAGAAUGGAUGGGAGUUUGGUGUUGACAUAUGAUUUCAAACAUACUCAUGUUGUUAGAAACAAAUGGGAAUGAUUAUACGUGCAAGUUUAGGGAUGAAAUAAAAAUAGUAAAAAAAGUUAAAUUUCAAA